AAAGCAAUGAAUGGAGGAGAGGGCCCUUGCAGCUAUUCUCAAAACUCCUCCUAUCAGGGAUUAUUCAGUGAAGCAAAGGUGGAUUCUUUCAAUUUGCUGGUUUAUUACACCUCCCCCAAGGAACUGAAGGCAUUGAUAGAAAGAAAUGAGCAUUUCAGCAUUGAGAGAAUGGAAAAUUUGAAUAACCAGAAGAAGCAUCUCAUCCUGCCGAAUCCCUCAAUGCGUAGUUUAUACUUGAGAGCCACAUUGGAAGGAGAAAUUGCUAAGCAUUUUGGGAAUGAGAUCAUGAACGAUUUGUUUAAUAGAUACACAAAAAAGGUUGCAGGGUCGUCCUUUUUCUUAAACCCAGAGACUGAUAAAUCCACCAUAAUCUUUGUCCUUCUAAAGCGAAAGAAUUAAACUGGUUUAGUUUCAUCAAAACCAAAUUCUGACGGGACACGAAUUCCUACAGCUCUUUUUGUGUAAUCGUGUUCGAUGAGUUGUAUUCUUUUAGCUCCUGUUUGCGUUCUGCACUUGUUGGUGUGUUGAGAUUUUGUA